AUGUCCACGAGAGUUGUUUACGGCGAGACUAAGAAGUCUGGCACUGUCGUAACGACAAUCAAAGAAUUUGCGGAUGAUCGACUUGGGUUGCAACCAGUCACAGAUCACAAGCGCAGGGAAUCUCUUCAACAGACUGUUGAGGAGAGUCUUAGCCUCUUUCCAGGCAGUGAAGUGAGACCGACGUAUAUCGGACCGGAUCACGAGUGCUUCAAUCUCGAGAGCGCCGUCGCCUUCCGUGAGAAGCACGACAUCGACGUCAACAGCAACAAGUGGAGGAACUUUCAACAGCUCCUGUGCGGCUGCCAGGACCUCCCGUUCAUCAUACUGCAGAACCCGUCAAAGUCGCACGUCAAGGACUACCGAGAGAUGAAGAAGUGUCGGACCAUGAAGUGGCUAUCCACAACCCUGGAGGAGAUCGGGCUCACACUCGAGGAGGCCGUUGUGCUGGACGUUUGCAGUCUCCUGAGCGAUGAUGACCUCGACGAGAUGGACAGGCGCUCCCAGGACAAGUGGGGCGCCGUGGAGGAGUCGUACAAGAUGACCGAGGACAUCUUGCGGCUUCUCAAGCCAGAUGUGGUCAUCGCGUUUUAA